AUGGGCGUCAAACUCUUAAUCCGGCCGGUACCGCCAAAAGGUGUUACCGGGCCGACCUCCUAUGACUUAUUGAAGCGGCUGAUUGACGAGCUUUGCGUAUCGCAACCCUCUGGCCGGUCGGAGGCAUGGUCUGUCACCUGCCAGCUAAUGAAGCAGGGCCACGGUCUGGUUGGCACUGUGGGCGGGCCCACUGCGGGUGCUGGUGGCGGCGGCGGCCUUAGAGAUACCUGGGCCGUCACGUUUCGAGACGCACCCGAUGUGGUCUUCUUAUUGCAGCGGCCCGAAUGCAAGGUGUUGGAGUGCGAAUCUGCGGUCAUGAGGCUGUUGGAGAAAAAGCUAGAGUUCGCCAAGCAGAUGGCCGUACGAGUGGAGGGCCACACCUACACCAAGGGCGACUUCGUACUCCGACUGUGUACGGCAACUCAAGCCAUUCACUCUACCCAGGCGCUCCUGGGUUACUGCCUGGAGGUGGAGUACCUGCCCGUCAGCAGUAUGAGCUCGGCGGAGGGCAUGUUGGGGGAGCUGUUGGACCUCAUGAAGCAGCUGAUGAACACCAUCGUGGCAGCAGCGGCGGCGGCGAACACAACAACAACACAAGAGGGUCAGGGUCCAGCAGGAGGAGGAGGAGGUGCUGGUGCUUUGUCGCAGACACUGCACAACAACAACAACAGCAGCAACAGCAACAACAGCCUCAACCGCCACCGCAGCAACCGCAAACGUUAUUAA